CAAGUUGCAGUUUCUUCUAAUGUACUUAUGUUGGAUUUUUAUCCUACUGUGUACUAAUCUGCAAUCUUGAUGUUUGUCAUCAGGAUGCCUCCAAGGCGCGUACCUCCGCCUCCUCCACCUCCACCUCUGGAAAUUGGGCAAGCUCUGCUGAAUGUGACUCAGAUUCUAACGCAGCUGGCCCAGAACCAGGCGCAAAACAAUGAAGGGAAUGGUCGGGUCACUAUCAGAGAGUUCCUUAACCUCAACCCGCGCACCUUUGACACUCCACUGAAGCCACUAGAUGCAGAUGAUUGGCUGCGUGAGAUGAACCGCACCCUCAACACUGCGCGUGUAGCUCCAGCAGACAGAGUUUCCUUUGUGACCUUCCUCCUGAGAGGUGAGUCUGCUGCGUGGUGGGACAGCUACCUGGAGAGGAGAGAUCCAGAUGUUGAGACUGGUUGGGAUGAGUUCCAGGCGCUUUUCAGGCGUCAUCACAUUCGUGAUGGUGCCAUGGACAAGAUGCGUGAGGCGUCAUCACAUUCGUGA